CGGAGGCAGCGAGGGGCUCUGGGGAGGCGCGGGCGGCACGGGCGAACGGCGCGGUCCUCACCCGGAGACCACGGGGACGCGGGCUGGACCCCGAGGUGCGCCAGACCCCUCCGAGCGGCAGUUUUAUACUAGAAGAGCACAACCAUGUUUCGGAAUAGUCUCAAGAUGCUUCUUACUGGUGGUAAAUCAAGUCGUAAAAACAGAUCAAGUGAUGGAGGAAGCGAGGAACCAUCGGAUCGAAGACAGUCAAGUGUAGAUUCUCGCCAAAGCCGCUCUGGGCAAGGUGGCAUCUCCACAGAAAGCGAUUGUGCUUUUGAGCCAGACUAUGCUGUUCCACCACUUCCAGUGAGUGAAGGUAUGCAGCACAUUCGGAUUAUGGAGGGCAUGUCUCGCUCUCUUCCAUCCUCCCCCUUACUCACACAUCAGUCUAUCAGUGUUCGGCUCCAACCUAUGAAGAAGUUAACUGCCCCUCUGAGGAAGGCAAAGUUUGUUGAGAGCCCACGAAUUCCAGAAUCCGAGCUUGGCUCCCCAACUCUCACUUCAGCUCAGAAACUGGACGUGGAUGCAUACUGCCCUGAUGAUGCUGAGCAGGAACUUGGCCCCCCUCCAUCUGUAGAUGAGGCUGCAAACACACUCAUGACGCGUCUGGGUUUCCUCCUUGGUGAGAAAGUCACAGAGGUUCAGCCAGGUGACCAGUACGAGAUGGAGGUGCAGGAUGAAAAUCAGACUUCAGCAAUUACCCAGAGAAUAAGUCCCUGCUCCACCCUGACUAGCAGCACUGCCUCUCCACCAGCGAGUAGCCCCUGUUCUACCCUCCCACCAGUCAGUUCAAAUGCAACUGCCAAGGACUGUAGUUAUGGGGCUGUUACCAGUCCAACUUCCACCCUUGAAAGCAGAGACAGUGGAAUCAUUGCUACACUGACAAGCUAUUCUGAAAAUGUUGAACGCACAAAAUAUGUUGGAGAAAGCAAUAAAGAAUUAGGAUCUGGAGGAAACCUAAAACCUUGGCAGUCUCAAAAAUCUAGCAUGGACUCUUGUCUAUAUCGAGUAGAUGAAAACAUGACUGCCUCCACAUAUAGUCUGAACAAGAUCCCAGAGAGAAAUUUGGAAACAGUUCUAUCUCAGUCUGUACAAUCUAUUCCUUUGUAUCUCAUGCCACGGCCAAAUUCAGUAGCAGCCACCAGCUCUGCCCACCUAGAGGAUCUUGCUUACUUGGAUGAACAGAGACACACACCUCUAAGGACUUCUCUUCGAAUGCCAAGACAGAGUAUGGGUGGUGUACGCACACAGCAGGAUUUAAGAGUUCGCUUUGCACCUUAUAGGCCUCCAGAUAUUUCCCUGAAGCCUCUGCUCUUUGAAGUGCCCAGCAUCACUACAGAGUCCGUGUUUGUCGGCCGGGAUUGGGUUUUCCACGAAAUAGAUGCUCAGCUUCAAAGUUCAAAUGACAGUGUAAACCAGGGAGUGGUGAUUGUGGGAAACAUUGGGUUUGGCAAAACUGCCAUCAUUUCCAGACUGGUGGCACUCAGCUGCCAUGGUACACGGAUGAGACAGAUUGCCUCAGACAGCCCACAUGCCUCUCCCAAACACGUGGAUGCCAACAGAGAGCUGCCACUGACACAGCCACCUUCAGCCCACUCAUCUAUCACCAGUGGAAGCUGCCCAGGUACUCCAGAAAUGCGCAGGCGGCAAGAAGAGGCAAUGCGAAGACUAGCCUCACAGGUGGUUGCCUAUCAUUAUUGCCAAGCAGAUAAUGCCUACACCUGCCUAGUCCCAGAAUUUGUCCACAAUGUUGCUGCUUUGCUCUGCCGCUCACCUCAACUGACUGCUUAUCGGGAGCAACUUCUACGGGAGCCUCAUCUGCAGAGCAUGCUGAGCCUUCGGUCCUGUGUUCAAGACCCCAUGGCCUCCUUCCGAAGAGGAGUCCUGGAGCCCCUGGAGAAUCUCCACAAAGAGAGAAAAAUCCCAGAUGAAGAUUUCAUCAUUUUAAUUGAUGGAUUAAAUGAAGCAGAAUUUCACAAACCGGAUUAUGGGGAUACAAUUGUAUCAUUUCUGAGUAAAAUGAUAGGGAAAUUUCCUUCUUGGCUCAAACUAAUUGUAACAGUUAGGACAAGUUUACAGGAAAUUACCAAGUUGCUGCCUUUCCAUAGGAUAUUUUUGGAUCGACUAGAAGAGAAUGAAGCCAUAGACCAGGACCUGCAGGCUUACAUCUUGCACCGGAUACACAGCAGCUCAGAGAUCCAGAAUAACAUUUCACUUAAUGGCAAAAUGGACAAUACUACAUUUGGCAAACUCAGUUCUCAUCUCAAGACUCUCAGUCAAGGGUCCUAUCUAUACCUGAAGCUCACAUUUGACCUCAUAGAGAAAGGUUAUCUAGUAUUAAAGAGUUCUAGCUACAAAGUAGUUCCUGUUUCACUCUCAGAGGUUUAUUUACUCCAAUGCAAUAUGAAGUUCCCAACCCAGUCUUCCUUUGACCGGGUGAUGCCUCUCCUGAAUGUGGCAGUGGCCUCUCUCCACCCACUGACUGAUGAGCAUAUCUUUCAGGCCAUCAAUGCUGGUAGCAUUGAGGGCACACUAGAAUGGGAAGAUUUUCAACAGAGAAUGGAGAACCUAUCUAUGUUCCUAAUCAAGCGCAGAGACAUGACUCGUAUGUUUGUUCAUCCUUCUUUUCGAGAAUGGCUUAUCUGGAGAGAAGAAGGAGAGAAAACCAAAUUUCUCUGUGAUCCCAGGAGUGGUCACACAUUACUUGCCUUCUGGUUUUCCCGCCAAGAGGGAAAACUAAACCGACAACAGACUAUUGAACUGGGACAUCAUAUCCUCAAAGCUCACAUCUUUAAGGGUUUGAGUAAAAAAGUUGGUGUAUCAUCUUCCAUUCUCCAAGGUCUCUGGAUCUCCUAUAGCACAGAAGGUCUUUCUAUGGCAUUGGCAUCUUUACGAAAUCUCUACACUCCAAAUAUAAAGGUCAGCCGACUGUUGAUUUUGGGAGGUGCCAAUAUUAAUUACCGGACAGAGGUUUUAAAUAAUGCCCCAAUCCUGUGUGUCCAGUCUCAUCUUGGUUAUACAGAAAUGGUGGCCCUGCUUUUGGAGUUUGGGGCCAAUGUGGAUGCUUCUUCUGAAAGUGGCCUGACUCCUCUGGGAUAUGCUGCAGCGGCAGGGUUCCUGAGUAUUGUGAUGCUGCUGUGCAAGAAACGGGCCAAGGUGGAUCAUUUAGAUAAGAAUGGGCAGUGUGCUUUGGUUCAUGCAGCACUCCGAGGUCAUCUGGAGGUUGUCAAGUUUCUGAUUCAGUGUGACUGGACAAUGGCUGGCCAGCAGCAAGGAGUGUUUAAGAAGAGCCAUGCCAUCCAGCAGGCCCUCAUUGCUGCAGCCAGCAUGGGUUACACUGAGAUUGUGUCCUACCUACUUGAUCUUCCAGAAAAAGAUGAAGAGGAGGUAGAGCGAGCACAGAUCAACAGCUUUGACAGUCUCUGGGGAGAGACAGCUCUGACCGCUGCAGCCGGAAGAGGCAAGUUGGAGGUGUGCCGUCUACUCUUGGAGCAAGGGGCAGCAGUGGCUCAGCCAAACCGCCGAGGGGCAGUGCCCCUAUUCAGCACUGUUCGCCAGGGCCACUGGCAGAUUGUUGAUCUUCUACUUACUCAUGGAGCUGAUGUCAACAUGGCAGACAAGCAGGGUCGUACCCCCCUGAUGAUGGCUGCUUCUGAAGGCCAUCUAGGAACUGUGGAUUUUCUACUUGCACAAGGGGCCUCCAUUGCUCUAAUGGACAAAGAAGGAUUGACAGCCCUAAGCUGGGCUUGCUUGAAGGGUCAUCUGUCAGUAGUUCGUUCUCUGGUAGAUAAUGGAGCUGCCACAGAUCAUGCUGACAAAAAUGGCCGCACCCCACUGGACCUGGCAGCCUUCUAUGGUGAUGCUGAGGUGGUCCAGUUCCUGGUGGAUCAUGGGGCCAUGAUUGAGCAUGUUGACUACAGUGGGAUGCGCCCUUUGGAUAGGGCAGUGGGGUGCCGGAACACUUCUGUUGUGGUCACUCUCCUGAAGAAAGGAGCCAAAAUAGGUUGUCAGACGUUACCGAGUCGCCCACGAGGUCCAGCCACAUGGGCGAUGGCCACCUCCAAACCAGACAUCAUGAUAAUCCUGUUGAGCAAGCUGAUGGAAGAGGGGGACAUGUUUUAUAAGAAAGGUAAAGUAAAGGAAGCUGCUCAGCGCUACCAGUAUGCUCUGAAGAAGUUUCCUAGAGAAGGGUUUGGUGAGGACUUGAAAACCUUCCGGGAACUAAAGGUGUCUCUCCUUCUCAACCUCUCUCGAUGUCGCAGGAAAAUGAAUGAUUUUGGAAUGGCGGAGGAAUUUGCUACUAAGGCCCUGGAGCUGAAACCGAAAUCUUAUGAAGCUUACUAUGCAAGAGCAAGGGCAAAACGCAGCAGCAGACAGUUUGCAGCAGCUUUAGAGGAUCUGAACGAGGCCAUCAAGCUGUGUCCAAACAACCGUGAAAUCCAGAGACUCCUGAUAAGAGUGGAGGAGGAGUGUAGACAGAUGCAGCAGCAGCAACAGCAGCCACCACCACCAUCACAGCAGCCUCAGCAGGACUUACCUGAAGAAACAGAGCCUGAACCACAACAUGAAGAUAUAUAUUCUGUCCAAGACAUAUUUGAGGAGGAGUACCUGGAACAGGAUGCUGAGAAUGUUUCCAUUGGCCUCCAGACAGAGGCUCGACCCAGCCAGGGGCUGCCAAUAAUCCAGAGCCCACCCUCCUCUCCAGCUCAUCGGGAUUCAGCCUACAUCUCUAGUUCACCUCUUGGCUCUCAUCAGGUUUUUGACUUCCGGUCCAAUAGUUCUGUAGGUUCCCCUACUAGGCAGGGAUAUCAGUCCACCUCGCCUGCUCUUUCUCCAACUCACCAGAACUCUCACUACAGGCCUAGUCCACCACAUACUUCCCCAGCUCAUCAGGGUGGAUCUUACCGUUUCAGCCCCCCUCCUGUGGGAGGGCAGAGCAAAGAAUACCCAAGCCCUCCCCCUUCCCCUCUCCGGAGAGGCCCUCAGUAUCGGGCUAGCCCUCCAGCUGAGAGCAUGAGUGUCUAUAGAUCCCAGUCAGGUUCACCCGUGCGCUAUCAGCAAGAAACAAAUGUUAGUCAGCUUCCUGGCAGACCAAAAUCUCCAUUAUCCAAAAUGGCCCAGCGGCCAUACCAGAUGCCUCAGCUUCCUGUAGCAGUUCCCCAGCAAGGGCUCAGGCUGCAGCCCGCCAAGGCCCAGAUUGUGAGAAGUAACCAGCCCAGCUCAGCAGUUCAUUCAAGCACUGUCAUCCCUACAGGGGCCUAUGGCCAAGUAGCCCAUUCCAUGGCCAGUAAAUACCAGUCUUCACAAGGAGAUAUGGGAGUAAGUCAGAGCCGGUUGGUUUAUCAAGGGUCAAUAGGGGGAAUCGUAGGGGAUGGGAGACCUGUGCAGCAUGUCCAAGCCAGCCUGAGUGCGGGUGCCAUCUGUCAACAUGGAGGGUUGACCAAAGAAGACCUUCCACAGCGACCUUCCUCUGCAUAUCGAGGUGGCAUGCGAUACAGCCAGACACCACAGAUUGGGAGAAGCCAGUCCGCAUCCUAUUACCCAGUCUGUCACUCAAAACUAGAUCUGGAACGCUCCUCCAGCCAACUAGGUUCCCCUGACGUGUCUCAUUUAAUCAGAAGACCUAUAAGUGUCAACCCUAGUGAAAUCAAGCCCCACCCACCAACCCCCAGGCCAUUGCUGCACUCCCAGAGUGUGGGCCUUCGCUUUUCUCCAUCUAGCAAUAGCAUCUCCUCCACCUCCAACCUAACUCCUACUUUCCGGCCUUCUUCCUCAAUUCAACAAAUGGAGAUCCCACUGAAACCGGCAUAUGAUAGGUCAUGUGACGAGUUGUCACCCGUGUCUCCCACUCAGGGAGGUUACCCCAGUGAGCCCACCCGAUCCAGGACCACACCAUUCAUGGGGAUCAUAGAUAAAACAGCCCGGACUCAACAAUACCCCCACCUUCACCAGCAGAAUCGGACCUGGGCAGUGUCAUCAGUCGAUACCGUUCUCAGUCCCACGUCUCCAGGCAACCUGCCUCAACCCGAGUCCUUCAGUCCACCGUCAUCCAUCAGUAACAUUGCCUUUUAUAACAAAACCAACAAUGCACAAAAUGGCCAUUUGCUGGAGGACGAUUAUUACAGCCCACAUGGGAUGCUGGCUAAUGGGUCCCGUGGAGACCUCUUGGAGAGAGUCAGCCAGGCCUCCUCCUAUCCUGAUGUGAAGGUUGCUCGGACCCUACCUGUGGCUCAGGCAUACCAGGACAACCUGUACAGGCAAUUGUCCCGGGACUCGCGACAAGGGCAGACAUCGCCUAUCAAACCAAAGAGACCAUUUGUGGAGUCUAAUGUUUAAAAGACGUUUGUUGGAGUGAGACCCGUAUGUUUUCACUGCACACAUUUUCAGGCUUGGUUUCCACAUUUGAGGUAGUUCUCUGGCUUAAUUUCUCAUGUAGUUUCUGUGUGGUGUUCAGAGGUGGCAGCCCACAUGCUGAAAUCCUUUGCAUGCAGCCGACUGGGAAGCUGGCCUCAGUGAGCCAGGACUUCAGUUUCUCUUGUCUGUGCCCUAGCCACAUGCUCUCUCCCUCCCUCUCUUCCAAUGCCAACGAGGAGAUUUUUGUGCCGUGUGCUUUAACCCAGGGAGAUCAGACACACUGGUCAGCUUUUUCCAGGAGACAAUCGCUUUCACUGAUGUUCUUGUUGUAUAAAUGUCUUUUUCUUUUUCUAAAAAGUAAGAUGUUCUUGUUCGUUUUCUUCUAGGAACUUUAGAAAGAGUGUGAUGCCCCUUUGCCUUUGCAUUCUUAUCCAGUAUUACCAGAUAGCCAACCCCAGUGCAUUCCUGUGUCAUGGCCUCCUCCCGCUCACUGCAAGCUCCCCGCAGUCAUCAGGUCCAGAAGGUUGCUUUGCACUGCUGCUGGCCUUCCUAUGGGGCAAAAGGAUCUAGGAGAGAGAGAAGAAAAAGAAGAACUAAGUCUGUUAAAUGGAAAGAAAACCCCAGUAUAGCUAUUUGAAAUGUCACUCCAUUGAUUUUCCAAGAGGCAUUUUAAGACCAUUUAGAAAACAACCAGCCCUUUAAAAAUGUUGGUCAGCCAAGUAAAAUCAUUGAGAACUCUGGGUAUUUUUAAAUAAUUCACUAAGAAUUUUUCUGCAUGUUUUUAACAGCUAACCCCUAAAAACUACUGAUUUUCUAGAGGUAGAGAAGGGAAUCGAUACAUAGAAAGACAGAAGGAAAAAAAAAGAUAGGAGUUUUCUGUAUCUCAGUUGAAAGGCUACAGAAACUGGAAUAAGUCUCCUUUUUAGAUCAGGAAACAUCAUUGAGUAUCAGAUUCUUCAAAACAAACUGUUCCAAUGGCCGCUGAUGCAGUAACCCUGUUAGCUGCAUCUUCACUGGAAUCCAGCUCUGUUCUGCUGGCCCUUUUUUUUUUUUCAAACCCAGCUGUGAAGAAAGUUGUUCUUCAGGAAGCUAACUGGAUGCUCUCGGGACCAUAAGACAUUCCCCAGCGUUUCCAUCUAGGGCCAUUCCCUUCCAUGCCAGUUGUUACCUAAUUCCAUAUGUAGACCUAGAGUUUCAUUGUCUACUAUCAAAGAAAUUGUGUCUUGUUGUAGGAGCACUGGGGUGAUACUUGAAUAUGAGAAACAACAAAGUGUUCAGGAGCAACGACAAACCCCUUUCAGCUCUGUUUUGUAGCCGGGGGUAGGGGCACAAGACAGACAACAGGUCUCUUCUCCCAUCACUGUCUGUACAUCUGGGUCUUACAGUUGUUUGUUAAUCUAACAUUUGAGAGACUGAGGCCACUAAGAGAUGGAUAGCAAAAUUGCAGAAACCAAAGCCUUAGCAUGUUCCUGGCACUAACUGGCCAUAAGCUCUUAAAACUAAGCAUCUCAAGCCAACAAACAGCUAAAACUAAACAAAGGAACAUUAUUUGUCUUCUGUUUUUAGGAAUCAUUCUGCUCUUGUAAAUAAAGGGCUACAGAAAGAGCAGUUCCCUGAGUAAAAUCCAGCUUUUGACUACUCCUUUCCACGUUCUCUGAAAGGAACAAAGCUGAGACCAGAAAUGUUUCUUUACUAAUUUAGAUUCUAUCAAGUAGAUGGACCCCCCCCCCUCAGCGCCCCCAAGCCUAAAGCAGAGCAGGACUCAUCUGAACCAGACACUUUGCACUCUGAUGUAUAAGGAUUGCCUCCUACUCCAACACCAUUGUGAGCAUCAGUGGCCUCGACCUACCUACCCAUCCACCCAUUUAUCCAUCCAUCUAUCUGUAUCAUGUCUUUUCAUCUCCCACAUCAGCAAGAUGAUAGGUUUAGCUGUAGUAUUAACCUGUAGAGCUGCGAACCCACUUGAGGCUUCUCAGCUCCCCUUCUGCCCAAGGCCUCAGCCCUGUUGGUCUCUCAGUAUCUUAUCCCUUUCAAACCAUCUCCCAGUGGGGCACUGCUAUAUUCUAAAGAACUUCUGUCUACUAGAAAAGAGUCCCUACCUGUCCAGAGCGUCAUGCACACCACUUACUUCUCCAAGUAGUUUGGGAAGGUCAUUUGGUCUUACAAUGACGCCACUGAUAUCACUCCUCCACAGGGUCUCUCUCUGGGUUUUCCAGGAAAAAAAAAGAUUUAUUAUCUCUGCCUCACUGCGCAAAACACCUAAAAUAUCAGCAGUCAAAUGUGAUUCUUUUUUAGCCAUCAUAAGAGAGUGAAUAUCAUGACUGGGUGCCAGUGUUCUUGACUAGAAAACGCCAGCAGGAGCUUCCUAGGGCAGGAGACCAGAGUCUUCUUUUGGGAGCCGACUGCCUGUGCCCUGUUUUGCUACUUCACUGCCAUAGGACGAUCUUAGUACUGUAUUUUAGAGACGCCCCUUCCUUAGCAACAGGCAUCUGCCAAAUCAAUGUCUGGCUUUGGGUGGGAGGAAAAUUUUUCAAAUGAAACUGGCAAGUUCUGCUCACCCAACUCACAUCAUCCGGAAAUGGAAACUGGUGAUAAACUUCAGCUUACAGGUUUCUCACCAAAAUGUGUGUUCCGUUUCUCAGAAUUCUUGCACUAGUGGGUUUCCAUCACAUCAUGUCUAAAAAUGGGUGCACUUUACUGUUUGAAUUUGUAACUGAUAAAUACUGGAUAUUUAAGUGUGAGUAGUGUCUUCAUUAGAAAUUAGCAGAAUCGCUCUUGUCUUAGUGUAUUUUUGAGGGAAAAAAAAAACAAGGAAAAGAAAGAAAUCAAGCAGUGGGUACACUUAUAGCACAAGAAAUAACUUGUAUAUAAGCAUCAAAAAGACUAAGAAUUUUUAAAACUUAAAAAAUAUUUGCAGUGAUUUUAAAGUGCUUUUCCAGCAAUUUUCUUAGGGACUCCUGAGACAUGGUUACUUUAUUUACUGGAUCAGUAAGGCACACAACAAUUAAAAAUUAAUGUUUAUUUACAAAGUAAAGGGAAAGCCUAUAUAACAUGAGAAUUUGGCACGGACAAAAUGGAGACCAUUUUGUAUCUGCUGUUGUAUCUGUCCGGGUUGUAGAUGUGCGCUAUUAAAGUCCCAAGUUAAUAGAGCACAAACCCUUCUUGUUCCUCUCCCAUGUACCCCUUUUUAGAUGUGUUUAACUUAAACUUGAUGGCUCAGGAAAAUUCCACUAAUUAGAAUCAUGUACAGUAUUCCAGGUCGUCCAGAUAUACCAGUUGGCUGAUUUUAGUUAAGCCUGGAUUAUUCUUAAACACUUUUCCUAAAUUAUUGUGAACAGAACAGCUUAGACAAAGGUGUUCUCCAUCCUUAUAUUGUAUAGUAGUUUAUGAACCCCCCUCUAAAUAUUGGUAUUUUUAUAUUCCAGAGAUGUACCCAAUAGAAAAGUUAAAACCAGUAUCUAAUUUAAUAUCCAUAAGUAUUUUUCCUUAGACUUUAUGGGAUAUGUGGACGUCACUUGUGCUUCACCAUACUUACCGCUAGGUGUCACUGUGGCUCUGCAACGUGCUUGUCUGGUAGCAAAGAAUGGCUAUGCCCCCUCUGGAGGGGCUGCAUCCAGGGCGGCAGGCAGGCCUAUAGACUGUGAGGUUCAGGAAGAAGGGGACUAAGGCCUGAGGGAGUCUUCAAUCAACUCUGCCAGUUGUAGCAAGACAGACUCUGAAUGCUACCUGCUUAGAACCUUCAGCCAGGUAAAGGCUGGGAGAAGGUUGAGUAGAACUCCCUUGCUCUGAUGGAUGGGUGGGUAUGUGGAGGACCCUUUUCUUCCCCCAUGAGCAUCCCUCCUUUCAGUUCUUCUCAGCAUCCAACUUUUAUUUAUAACUCUAAAAGUCAUAGUCGAGUGGUUUGUUUCAAAGAUAGUUAUUUUUUUACUGCAGAAAUGCCUUGGAUAAAACCAGUUCACUGAAUCUUUACCACAAAAUGGAACAGGCUCCCCCAGGAAGCAGGAUGUGCCACCCCCGUGCCCAUCUCCUGUUGAGGCUCCCAGUGUUCAGCAGCCUCACUCACUCACCCUGCCUGCCUAUCCUUGGGCUGCCCACUUCUCAAGAAGCCGACCUUCGAAGCGCCACACCCAGGGCCCUGCCUCCCUGCGCGCGCUUGCUGGAAGGUGUGGCUUCUCCUUUUCCUCUAGGAACUCCAGACCGACCAUCUACCAUGACUAACAAUGAACAAAGGGCUUAGGGGUAAGAGCUACCUACAAAGACGCGUCAUGGAAACCUUCACCAUGCAAUGCCUUGAACUUGGCUCUGGCUGCUCCCAAGGAAAGGUGGCUGGCUGGGGGCCUGGACACAAGCACAAUGGGGCUGGUGAGCCACUGUGCAGAGCUACUUGAAUAAUCACUGGGUCUUCAUCAACUCCUUUUGUAAUACAGACCACUCAAGGGCUGAAGUGUUGGUGACCUUCAUUUCGGUGUCCAAUGCCUCACAGCAGCUGAACCACCCUGAGAUGCUUGUGGCCACAUGAUGGUCACAGUCAGAGCUUUGAAAGUCAGUACCAAAUGAACGUAUAAUUGGACACCAAAAAUCAAGUGUUACUUUCAUGUCUCCUUACCCUAUCAUUUCUUCCCACUGACUCUGUGAUCCCUACACUUGGCUGAGCAGUCAGGUUGCAGCUGGAAGCAUGGAUAUGCAGGCCAGCAUGGUUGGGGGGGGGGGGGGCGGGGGGGAUGUUGUUUUCAGACAGACCUACUCUGUGGAAAGAAAGUGACCUAGCUGCUUGUUUUUGUAGCACUUGAUGGCUGAAUUUGUCUUUCACUAAUCACUAACCAGAAAAUCUGGCUAGGACUCAACUCAUAUCCUUUAGUCCCCAGGACCAGACAGAGAGUUAAUUCUGGAAAAUUCAGUACUUGAAUGUACCUGCCUUACUGUGUACCAAUUUGCUGGAGAAAAAGAAAAAAAAAAAAAUUUUAAGUUAGAGAUGCUGGCUCUAGAUCUCUGCUUCCUUCACAGGUUAUUUUGGAACUCCUGUAAGUUACACUUCCUGUCCUGAUUUCUUGUUUUUACCUUUGGCUGAUUCCUGCUGAGUGGGGCCAGUUCCUUGUCAGGCUCAGGGCAGGUGCCAUUCUCAGGCAUGGCCUCCUUUCCAUCUAGCGCAGCAUCUGUGUCUCUGUUCUGUCUCCUCCAAAUCUAAGAUGAUUUUAAUUAGUACAGACAUGUACAGUCUACAAUUAAAGAGUGAUUUGUACUAAUAUGAUUUUGAUUCUUCCUCUUUGCUGUCCUUUCAAGACACUUGCUGGAAAAAGCUUUAAUGCACUUAGUUUUCCUUUAGGUUUUCUAUAACUCAGAUGUAAAAGACUUUCUCUGUACAGUAUAUUAUCCAAUGCAUGUUUGUUCUCUAUCCUGAUAUAUUGAACACCACACAGUUGUGAACUCGUGCAGUGGGGAUGCCCCACACCCAGCGGAGGCCUCUAGCCCCGUGCAUAAGGAAGACAUUUUCCUUCGCUGUACUUGCUUGAGCAGUUUUCUUGUCUGUACAUGUGAGCUGUGUGAGAUAGAUGUGAAAAGUUCAAAUGAAUGCAUUUUCCUGCCCCAUGUAUACAGAGCGUCAUCUGUACAAUGAACUGUAUGUACGAAAGCAAAUGUACUUAUUUAUAAACGGUUAACACUUGGAAAAA